GGCUUCAAAUAUGACAACGGGCCCAGAUGUAAUUAUUGUUUAGUCGAAGCUGUGUGCGUUUGUCAGUUAACUUGGUUUGUGUAGCGAUUAGCUCAAAUUUACAACAUGGUCGAGGCAUUCAUUGGAACUUGGAAGAUGACUUCCAGUGAGAAUUUUGAUGAAUAUAUGAAGGCAAUAGGUGUGGGCUUUGCUACUCGGCAGAUGGGGAAUAUGGCGAAGCCCAAUUUGCAGUUCAGCAUCGACGACGGUGUAAUAUCAAUGAAAUCCCAGAGCACUUUCAAAACUACAGAGACCAAGUUUAAAUUGAAUGAAGAAUUCGACGAGAUGACUGCAGAUGACAGGAAAACCAAGACUCUGAUGACCUUUGAGAACGGAAAACUGGUGCAAAAACAGACUUGGGACGGCAAGACUACCACGCUCGAGCGGGAGUUGCAAGAUGGAAAAUUGAUUGCGAAAUGUGUAAUGGAUGAUGUGGUGGCGCUGAGGACCUAUGAGAAAGAGGUGUGAUUCCAGUCUGCUGAAUUGAAGACCCCCACCAGCAAAUCAAAAACAUGCAUAUUAUCUGUUCAAUACCUACCAUGUUAAAUUCACUGACUACUCAAUUGGUACCAAAAGCCCAUGAAGCUUUCAAUAAAGUCAAUUGUUGUGCUUUGUGAAAA